AACACUUGUGGGUGUAUCAAUUUUAAUAUACAAUAAUCGACCGUCGAUUUCUCCAGACUCGUGAGGACCGUUGGCGUUUUCCCUAAGGUUCUUUCCCUUGAUCCCUAUAUUCUUGUUCAGUCAGUUCAGUGGCACAUGCGUAAAGUGUACGUACAUAUGUACAUACAUACAUGCGGUCACGUUGUCACGCGGCAAAUGCGAGUAGUGGGAGAACUGGAAAGGAAGGAGAACCUAGAGAAGAAACAGCUGACUUGAAUAAACUUUAGUCCAGACAGAAGAUGUUAUCGUUAGAGUAGAAAGGAUCGAUCGUAUAUGCAAAAAUAUAUAAGGACACGUAGGAGAUUUUCCAUUCCAUUCCUGUUUCUUGACGCACUUGAACUAGCGCGUUUGUAGUUUUCAUCGGACUCUCUCUGACUACGAUCGGGACAAACUGCGUGUGAGACGAAGCUCACGAAGCGGACGAAGCUUCAAGCCGGUUCGUUGAACUGACACCGGACCGGACCGGACACGUUGCUGCUUCACGUGUUAGGUGUUACACGCGCGCGUCACGCGUCACCCUUUUGCGAGUGUCACCCGCGGGUGUGCGAAAGUACGAGCACAAGUACGAGGAAGAUUAGACGACGACAAGAACGGAGUGGUUACGUGAUUACGUCGAGUUUCGAGUAGACGGAUGAAAAUCGAGUAGUCGCACACAAAUGUCGCGCGUCUUACCUAUCAUGAUUCGAUCGAAUCUCGUGCUCAUCCUCGUCCUGAUCGUCAUCGCUGCUUCGCAUUUUACCGUCGGUGAUGAUUGCAAAGGAUGCGUGCCCUUGGAUUCGUAUUCGUUCGACAAGGUUAUCCCGAGGUUUAAGGCAGCACUCGUUAAAUUCGAUGUCGCAUUUCCGUACGGUGGCAAGCACGAGCAAUACGCGACCGUAGCGGCCGAUACCAAAGAUUCGCAAGAUCUCCUGAUAGCCACAGUGGGCGUCAAGGACUUUGGCAAUAAGGAUAACUCCGACCUGGCGCAACGCUACAACAUUAAGAAGGACGACUUCCCGGUAGUUUUAUUAUUUGUACAGGGCAAAUCGACACCAAUCAGAUUCACUCCCGAGAGGGAUUCCGAUUUUACGGGCGAAUACUUGAAGCGAUUUAUCAGAUCCCGAUCGAGAGUAUACUUAGGCCUACCGGGAUGCGUGGAACGGUUGGAUAGGCUAGCCGAAGAAUUCAAAGCCGCGGGAGAGCAGGACAGGCAGGAAAUAUUGAAAAAGGCAAGAAUCUUUGAAGAGACUUUACCGGAAGAACAACGAGAGGCAGCAAAAAUUUACGUCAAGACUAUGGAGAAGAUCCUCGAGCGGGGAGACGUGUUUGUACAAACGGAAGAGACACGGGUACAGGGACUUCUUUAUAGAGGGAAACUGUCCGAUCAAAAGAAGCGUACGAUGGAAGAGAGACGAAACAUCUUGCAAUCUUUUUCAGCGAGGGAUGAGCUAUAGAUAGGCUCGAAUCUCGAUUUAUUAAUGAUAAUAAUAACUAACACGAAGUGUAACAUCUAGAGCAACCAAGUCGUUAUCGUUAGUCCGAGUGUGUCGCGCGUAUCUUGGAUGACUUGGAUUAUUUCAUCCGUCAAACAAGUUUUAUACAAGUGGCUAUAAAAACAGGACCCUACAAGGUA